UCCAGUGAUGAAGCUCAACAGCGGAUCCGUGAUCAGCACACACACACACACACACACACACACACUCAAUGCGAGCUCAUCUCUGUGGAUUUACUGUGAGACCGUCGGAUCCGUCUGGAGAGACAGUGAGAUGGGCAGUAAAGCUUUACCGGCCCCGGUCCCGCUCCACCCGUCCCUGCAGCUCAACUGCUCGUUCCUGCAGGCGGUCAACACUUUCCCCGCCGCCGUGGAUCAUCUGUACGGGCUCGGUUCGGUCCAGAGGAUGCACAUGAACCACUGGACUCUGGGUUACCCUCACUUUCAGGGCCUCGUGGACCCUCGCUUUCCGUUCGCCGCGCAUCUGUUCCAGCACAAACACGGAUCCGUGACGCGCGUCAUUCCCGCGCUGUACAAAGACAGACCCCGGUUCGACUUCGCCAAUCUCGCCGUGGCGGCCACGCAGGAGGAUCCACCCGGAGCCGGCGAGCUCUCCAAACUGAGCAAACCGUCCCCGGACAGAAAGCCCGCGCGGGGCAGACUCCCGUCCAAAAGCAAAAAGGAGUUUAUUUGUAAGUUCUGCGGGCGACACUUCACCAAAUCCUACAACCUGCUGAUCCACGAGCGCACACACACGGACGAGCGGCCGUACACCUGCGACAUCUGCCACAAGGCCUUCCGGAGACAAGACCACCUGCGAGACCACCGGUAUAUUCACUCCAAAGAGAAACCGUUCAGAUGUCAGGAGUGCGGGAAGGGCUUCUGUCAGUCGCGAACUCUGGCUGUUCAUAAAACGUUGCAUAUGCAGGAAUCUCCUCACAAAUGCCCCACAUGCGGAAGAACCUUUAAUCAAAGAAGUAACCUGAAAACUCACCUUCUCACCCAUACAGACCUCAAGCCUUUCUCCUGCGGCCGCUGCGGGAAGCUGUUCCGCCGCAACUGUGACCUGCGACGCCACAGUUUGACACACACACCGCAUCAGGACUAACACACACACACACACACACACACACACCACACACACACACACACACACCGCAUCAGGACUAACACACACACACACACACACCGCAUCAGGACUAGCACACACACACACACACACCGCAUCAGGACUAACACACACACACACACACACCGCAUCAGGACUAACACACACCACACACACACCGCAUCAGGACUAACACACACACACACACCGCAUCAGGACUAACACACACCACACACACACCGCAUCAGGACUAACACACACCUCACACACACCGCAUCAGGACUAGCACACACACACACACACCGCAUCAGGACUAACACACACACACACACACACACACCGCAUCAGGACUAACACACACCACACACACACCGCAUCAGGACUAACACACACACACACACACACACCGCAUCAGGACUAGCGCACACACACACACACACACACCCCGCAUCAAGACUAACACACACACCACACACACACACCGCAUCAGGACUAACACACACACACACCGCAUCAGGACUAACACACACCACACACACACCGCAUCAGGACUAACACACACACACACACACACCGCAUCAGGACUAACACACACCACACACACCCCGCAUCAGGACUAACACACACACACACACACACCGCAUCAAGACUAACACACACACCACACACACACCGCAUCAGGACUAACACACACACACCGCAUCAGGACUAACACACACCACACACACCGCAUCAAGACUAAUACACACACCACACACACACCGCAUCAGGACUAAGACACACACCGCAUCAAGACUAACACACACACCACACACACACCGCAUCAGGACUAACACACACACACCGCAUCAGGACUAACACACACACACCGCAUCAGGACUAACACACACACACCGCAUCAGGACUAACACACACACACACACACACACACACACACACACCCCAUCAGGACUAACACACACACACACACACACACCGCAUCAGGACUAACACACACACCACACACACACACACACACACACCGCAUCAAGACUAACACACACACCACACACACCGCAUCAGGACUAACACACACACACACACACACACACACACACACACACACACUGAUCUAGAGCCUCUUGUACAUGUCGACAUGUUUCAUGGACAGCAAGCGCGACACAUGGAGGACAGGAUUGCACCUGAACAGACUCUGUAAAUAAAAUGUGUUAUUAUUAUUAUUAUUAUAUUAUUAUUGAGAUCUGAUUCAGAUCUCAUGUUUCAUCAAACACAAUAAAAUAUACAAAUCUCA